GCACAUUGCAUGCACAAACUGAGGAUGAGGGGUGGUUUCAUCCUUUCUUUAACCAACACUAACUUUUUUCAAUUCGCCCAAGAUUGAGUCGUUGAACGCUUUGUUUGAUUCUGUAGCAUGUCUACUCAAAGCCCUGAAGCACGACCUGAACAGGUUGAUCAGCCAAGUACUGAAAGUUUGCAGCAACAUUCUGAAAUCGAUUCAGGAUUUGCUCAGGCCAAGGAGAUUCCAUCGGAGGUAACUGAACCUUCCGCUUCUACUGAGCAAGCAGCAAACGAACCUGAACCAACAACUGAACAAGCAAAGGAAGAGGUUGAGGAGGAAAACAAUAAGCCUAAAGAAACUCCCGCCGAAGAAGGAAAUAAGAAGGCAAAGAAUCCUGUGGUCAUUGAGACAACGCCCAGCGAGUACCUCUCCGGAGGCUACUUGUACUGCCGUUCGAAUGGCCUUAUUCCUCAUGUUAUUAAAAGAUACUUUUUCAUUAAGGACUCCCCUAUGCCUUUAGAAUAUCUUAAUUAUUACUACAAAAAGCACUUCCAAGGUUCUCUCAACAAGCAACCUGAAGAUGAUCCUUCUUUGAGUUCUGAGCAAGCUAAUGAGUCAUCUUCAUUAAAUUCGCAAAGUUUAUAUGUUGAUAGAAUUGCCAAAGCAGUUGAAGGAUGCAAGGGGUUACUUUUCUACUCAAAGUCUCAGUGCACUAGCGUCCCAAGCGGUAUUAUUUCUCUGUUGGAUGUCGAAAAAGUGGAAGCCGGUAAUGGUAACAAGUUUUUGCUAUUUUUCGAAAAUGGAAAAACCGAAACAUUGGAGGCCUUAAACACUCAAAGUCGAGAUGCUUGGAUCAAAGAUCUAAACGUCAUUCUUUCCCAGAGACAAGAGAUAAAGGAGGAACUUGAAAAUUCGAGUACCUAUGGUGAAACUUUGACUAAGCUGAACAAAAUUGCAAACAAUUCUGGAGCCAGCCCUUUGGAAACUUUACGCUCUCUUUUCCCAUCCUUCAAAGGAAAAUCUACUAAAGAGGAACAGACUCCUUCUGAAGCUGCGGAAAAGCCCGAACCUACGAGCCCUAAAGACAACGUAUUUGAUUUCUUCCAUUAUCUUUUGAAAGGUAAAGACCAUGAAAAGAGCCAAGAAGAAAAGCCCGAAGAAACAGUUAACAACGAUGCUGCCGAUGGUGUGACACAAGAGGAAGCAACAGAGGCUCCCUCAGAUGUCCUUACUCAACAACCUGAAACUACGGAGCAAGCUGUUCCAGAAAGCAAUGAAGCUGUUCAAGAAAGCCCUAACAAGAAGCGGGGAUAUGGCUUGCUUGCAUACUCUAAGUCAUGGAAGACUCCUAAAGCCCCGAAAAGUGCUAAGUCUGAAAAAUCAGUACAGACCGAAAAAGGAAGCAAGGCAACUCAACCCUUCGAAAAUACAAAGGCAAAACUUGAGCACUUACCUACUUCACUUUCCCGCAAGCUUACUGAAUUCGUGCACAAAAAGAAGCAUGAUAAGCCCGCUGAUGCAGAAGUGGUAUCUCUUGGUACUGAUAGUGCUGCUGUGAAACCGGAAGAGCCACCAACUCCGACAAGCACUCCUGCAGUGAAGACAGUUAACGAAGCUAACUCCACGACAGAGAACCACAAUGGAUCAGUCCCUGCUGAGGAAAGUACUCAAAGCAUCAUAGCACCGGAACCCAGCCGUGAACCUGUAGUCCCUGAAAUUGCUGCCUAAACCAUUUUAAUAACACGAUAAUUUCGUAACAUAAUUUUAUGGCAGCGGCCAUCAUUCUCUCCUGUCGCUUUUAUUCGUACAAAUAGUACAAUCUAUUUGUUUUCAACAAGGAAUCUAUAUAAUUAUUGACUAACUUGAUAACGUGAUGCAAACUAUAAUAGAAAUGUCUAUACCUGAAAGUAUUCGUUAUAACUUUGGGAAAGUAAAAGACGUAAAAAUCUCAAGACCUUAUCCAAAUAGCCAUCCACGACAAUUGGUAGCUCCACAU